CCCCAUAGGGUUUCCAAGGAGUGCCUGGUGGAUUCGAACUGCUGACCUUUUGGUUAGCAGCCAUAGCUUUCAACCACUAUGCCACCAGGGUUUCCAAUCCAUAAAAUAUAGAAAUGCAUAUUUGUUUCUUCUCAAUUUUCAUUGCAGAUUUCAGUGACACCAAAAUAUUUUCUUUUUAAAGUAUUAUUGCUGUGUAAAUAUAGUAACUUUAAUGAAAAUUUAAAAACCCACCCACAAUCUUUCCAUAAUAACAACAGAAACUAAUCAAGCUUUAUGUUCUUGGAGUCGCUUUCUUUAUGCAAACAUAUGGUAAUCCUUACUUACAUUUACUUUGCUAACCUUUUUUUCACUCAUUAAAUAUUUUACCAUGUUUGUUUGUUCCUUCGUGUGUUCGUUUAUUCCUUCAUCCAUUCAGCAAACAAUUGACCAUUUUCUGGAUGCUAGACUCUCUGCAGGGUGUUGGGGGUAUAGUAGUGACAGUCCUCAUAAAGGUGACAUAGGGAGGGUCAGGGAGAGUUUGGGUGGGUCACAUGUAAAACAGAUAACCAGUAAAGGCAAGUAGAAAAACAAAUGCUAUUGGGAUAAUAAAUAUGGCCCAGGAUAUUCUUUUCGUGUUAUAAGUAUAACAUAACUGACUUAACUGCUUUCUUCCUGUUAGACAUGGAAUCCUUUGGGCCCUCAGUAGGAAACGUGGCAUAGCCAAAUGAAGAGAAAUAGAAGUGUUUCGCACAGGAUAGUUUACAAAGGUGUGGUUAGGGUGUAUGGAAAUCCUCACGGUGGUGCACUUCCCCAGUACCAGGGUACAAUGGUUAAGCUCACAGGCUGCUAACCAAAAGGUCAGCGGUUUGAACCCACCAGCUGCUCCGCGGGAGAAAAGACCUGGCAAUCUGCUCCUGUACAGAUUACAGCCUAGAAAACCCUAUGGUGGCAAUUCUACUCUGUCUUAUAGGAUCACUAUGAGUCAAAAUUGACUCAAGGGCUCACAGCAACAGUGUACUGUAAAGCACCUCUAAGCAUACAGAAGCCAGGAGAGGGAGAGGUCUCUGGAACCUGGAAGGGAGAACUGGGUAGAGAGGACAUCUUGAGAGAAACACUGAUGAGUUGAAGGAAACAAUCAACCCAAGGCGACCUUGCAGAGAGGGAGUUAGGAGAGUCAGUACCCCGAGCUUCCUCUCCUCUCUUCCUCUGAUGUUCCUUUGAUUUUCUGUUGGGCUCCCUGCUAUUUGGACUCGAUAGAAGCUAGUGGGCAAGAGAGUCUGUGGGUGCAGUCCACAGAGGUCAGCUCCCCAGGGCAAAGAGUAGCGGGCAAGUAGAUCUGGAGGGGCAAAUAGGAUAUCCAGCACAGACAGUGCUGUGUAAAUUAUUUGUCAGAAAGCACUGGAUAUACAACUGUGCAAUACAGUAUAAUGAAGUAAGGGGUGGGGAUAGAGGGCUGGAACUAGGAAACUGGGACAUAGUAGGAUAAUUGGGUAAAAUUUGCUGCUUGUGGAUGUGUUUUGCUUAUCUUUAAGCAUAAGCAAAUGUGAGAUUUUAUUUCUGUAUUUGCUUAAGGUUUAUAAUGUAUCACAGACAUAGUGGACCUUGAUUCGAGCUCUGGCCGUUCAUUCAUUCAUUCAACAAACAUUUCCCCACCUUUUUAUUGAGAUUUAACUUAUGUGUGAUAAAGGACAAAGAUCUUUGUGUAGAGCUUGAUGAAAUUUUACAUAUGUAGACACCUACGUAACCACUACCCAGAUUUAGGUAUAGAAGUUUCUAGCACUCCAGGAUGCUCUCUUGUGCCCCUUCCCAUUCACUGCAUCUUUACCCCCCACAUUCAGCACUGUGAGGAUGUUUAUGAGCUUCAGUUAGUCUGGUUAGCUCGGCUGCUAACCAAAAGGUCAGCAAUUCGAAUCUACCAACUGCUUCUUAGAAACCCUCUGAGGCAGCCCUACUCUGUCCUGUAGGGUCGCUAGGGGUCGGAAUCGACUCGAUGGCAACAGGUUUCAAUCUUCAUAUUAAUAGAACCGUAUCGUUUCCAUCCUUCUGUGGCCGGCUCCUUUCCCUCCUUGUUAUGUCUAUAAGAUUCUUUUCUUUGUGUGGUUUGCAUGUAUCAGUACUUCAUUGUUUUUCAUUGCUGGUGUUUCCAUGGGGAUUCUUUUUUGGCAUUUCUUGGGAAAUUUGUUUUUCUGAUUUCUAGGAAAAAUCAGUCAAGGAAUUGGGAAACUAAGAAAAAUAAUCAUCCUGCGAGAAUUAAAGCUUGACAAUCAACAUACAGACAUUACUGGUUGGAAGGCAUCCAGUGAUGACAAAUGGAAAACAGGAGCAGGGACCAGUGGAGUGAAAGAAGGCGAAGAUCACUAUUCCCGGGAACUGGGACAGGAGCACAGAGGAGAGAAGAGGCCAGUCUCUCUGGGAUGGUACAAAAACUGGACCAAAAACUUCCAGUGGCCAAUGAGUACCUGUUGCUUUCUGGAGGUGUCCGGGAAGGCGUGGUGGACCUGGACUUGGAUGAGCUGAAUGUCUAUGCUCGGGGGACCGAUUAUGAUAUGGACUUUACUCUUCUGGUGCCAGCCCUUAAGCUGCAUGACCGGAAUCAGCCUGUGACACUCGAUAUGCGCCACUCAGCCUUGUGCCACUCUUGGCUGAGCCUCCGGCUCUUUGAUGAAGGGACGAUCAGUAAGUGGAAAGACUGCUGCACCGUCGUCGACCACAUCAAUGGUGCUACCAACUACUUCUUCUCCCCGACCAAAGUGGCCGACUGGUUCUAUGAGUCCAUCAGCAUCGUCCUGUCAGAGAUACAGAAGAAGCCCCAGCGAGGGAUGCCAAAGGUGGAAAAGGUAGAAAAAAACGGGACAAUCAUCUCCAUUAUUCUGGGUGUAGGCAGCAGUCGUAUGCUGUACGACAUUGUCCCUGUGGUCUCCUUCAAAGGUUGGCCUGCAGUCGCCCAGAGCUGGCUCAUGGAAAAUCACUUUUGGGAUGGGAAGAUCACCGAGGAAGAAGUCAUCAGUGGGUUUUACUUGGUACCUGCUUGCUCCUACAAGGGUACGAAGGACAAUGAGUGGCGGCUGUCCUUUGCCAGGAGCGAGGUGCAGUUGAAGAAGUGUAUCUCUAGCAGCCUCAUGCAGGCCUACCAGGCCUGCAAAGCCAUCAUCAUAAAACUCCUGUCCCGGCCCAAGGCUAUUAGUCCGUAUCACCUGCGGAGCAUGAUGCUCUGGGCCUGCGACAGACUUCCUGCCAACUACCUGGCUCAAGAAGACUAUGCAGCCCACUUUUUGCUGGGCCUCAUCGAUGACCUGCAACACUGUCUCGUCAACAAGAUGUGCCCCAAUUAUUUCAUCCCUCAGUGCAACAUGCUGGAGCACCUGUCAGAGGAGACGGUCAUGCUCCACGCCCGGAAGCUUUCCUCCGUCCGCUCAGACCCGGCAGAGCACUUGCGUACCGCCAUCGAGCAUGUCAAGGCAGCCAACCGGCUGACGUUGGAGCUACAGCGCAGAGGCAGCACCACCAGCAUCCCCUCCCCGCAGUCGGACGGAGGCGACCCCAACCAGCCGGACGACCGCUUGGCCAAAAAACUGCAGCAGCUAGUGACUGAGAACCCUGGGAAGUCCAUCUCUGUCUUUAUUAACCCUGAUGAUGUCACAAGGCCCCAUUUUAGAAUUGAUGAUAAAUUUUUCUGAGCAUUUUGCGGACUCUUUUUUUUCUCCCCCUCCCCUUUCCUGGUUCUAAAACUCUCCUAACGUGUAGCGUGUUUUGUGAUGCUGUCUUUCCGUUUUUUACAUAUCCAACCUAGAUUGGAUCUGUUAAGAACACCUCUUACGUUUCCUGAUGGUGCAGGCUCUGAAACAGUAUAUUACUAUUUCAUAUUCGGCCGCUUAUUUUUGUUGUUGUUGUUACUGUUUACUUUUUGUAGUCAUUUUCGUCUAGUUUUUUUUUUUUUUUUUUAAGGAGAACUUGAGCCAUAGAAGAAAAUGCCCAUGAAUCCUUGCGUAUUUUUCUGUUUUAUACUUUGUGCAAAUUUGCUAACGGGGUGAGGGAAACAAAUCUCUUUGUGACAUUUAAAUAUUUUAUUCUUUGUUUUGUUUUCAUUUCGUUUUCCCUUUCUUCUUCUUCUUUUUUUUUUUUU